GGAGGCGGGGGCGGGGGCGGGGGCGGGGGCCGGGCCCGGUGACAGCCGCACGCCUCGGCCAGUUUAUUUAUUUAGGCUCUACACCCCAUUUGGAGCUCAAACUCAGGACUCCGAGAUCAAGACUUGUAUGCUCUUCUGACCAAGCCAGACAGGAAGCCCUGGGAGAGCUGUUGAUGCCCUGCACCUUGGGCCCCCAACUCCAGCGACUUGUAUCUCAGCACUGCCACAAGGGGCCUUAGGCAGUUGUUUCUGUAUCCCCAGCACCUUCACGGUGGGCUUGCAGGAUCUGAGUGAUGAGCUAUGUCCCCGCCAAGACACCCCAUGGCAACAGGCAUUUAGCAUGGGCUGAGGCGCUGGACCUGCACAGAAGGCUGGCAGAAAUGGGCCGGUGGCUGAGGCCGGGACAGUCGGUGGCAGCAAGGAAGAGAGGCCUGGGCGUCUGGAGCAGGGCUGAGACACAGCAGUGGCGGAGUGUGUGAAGGGGCCAGAGCCUACCCUGCCUGGCCUACCAUGGUCCAGAGGCUGUGGGCCAGCCGCCUGCUGCGGCAUCGGAAAGCCCAGCUCUUGCUGGUCAACCUGCUGACCUUCGGCCUGGAGGUGUGCCUGGCUGCAGGUAUCACCUACGUGCCACCUUUGCUGCUGGAAGUGGGGGUAGAAGAGAAGUUCAUGACCAUGGUGCUAGGCAUCGGUCCAGUGCUGGGCCUUGUCUCGGUCCCACUCCUGGGCUCAGCCAGUGACCACUGGCGUGGGCGCUAUGGUCGCCGGAGGCCCUUCAUCUGGGCGCUGUCCCUGGGCGUCCUGCUGAGCCUCUUCCUCAUCCCGAGGGCCGGCUGGCUGGCGGGGCUGCUGUGCCCAGAUACCAGGCCCCUGGAGCUGGCGCUGCUGAUCCUGGGUGUGGGGCUGCUGGACUUCUGUGGCCAGGUAUGCUUCACUCCGCUGGAGGCCCUGCUCUCUGACCUCUUCCGGGACCCAGACCACUGCCGCCAGGCCUUCUCCGUCUAUGCCUUCAUGAUCAGCCUUGGGGGCUGCCUGGGCUACCUUCUGCCGGCCAUCGACUGGGACACCAGCGCCCUGGCCCCCUACCUGGGCACUCAGGAGGAGUGCCUCUUUGGCCUGCUCACCCUCAUCUUCCUCACCUGCGUGACAGCCACGCUGUUUGUGGCCGAGGAGGCAGCGCUGGGUCCGACCGAGCCCACGGAGGGGCUGGCGGUCCCCCCAGUGCCACACUGCUGCCCCUGCCAUGCCCGCCCGGCUUUCCGGAACCUGGGUGCCCUGUUUCCCCGGCUGCACCAGCUGUGUUGCCGUGUGCCCCGCACCCUGCGCAGACUCUUUGUGGCCGAGCUGUGCAGCUGGAUGGCAUUCAUGACCUUCACGCUCUUCUACACGGACUUUGUGGGCGAGGGGCUGUACCAGGGUGUGCCCAGGGCCGAGCCGGGGACCGAAGCCCGGAGACACUAUGAUGAGGGGGUCCGGAUGGGCAGCCUGGGGCUGUUCCUGCAGUGCGCCGUCUCCCUGCUCUUCUCUCUGGUCAUGGACCGGCUGGUGCAGCGAUUCGGCACCCGGGCCGUCUAUCUGGCCAGCGUGGUAGCCUUCCCCGUGGCUGCCGGCACCAUGUGCCUGUCGCGCAGCGUGGCCGUGGUGACCGCCUCGGCCGCCCUCACCGGGUUCACCUUCUCCGCCCUGCAGAUCCUGCCCUACACGCUGGCGUCCCUCUACCACCGCGAGAAGCAGGUUUUCCUGCCCAAAUACCGAGGAGAUGCUGGAAGCAGUGCCAGCGAGGACAGCCUGAUGACCAGCUUUCCAUCGGGCCCCAAGACCGGAUCGCCCUUCCCCAAUGGACACAUGGGUGCUGGAGGCAGCAGCCUCCUCCCACCUCCACCUGUGCUGUGCGGGGCCUCUGCCUGCGAUGUCUCCAUGCGUGUGGUGGUGGGCGAGCCGCCCGAGGCCAGAGGCAUUCCGGGCCGGGGCAUCUGCCUGGACCUUGCCAUCCUGGACAGUGCCUUCCUGCUGUCCCAGGUGGCUCCGUCCUUGUUUAUGGGCUCCAUUGUUCAGCUCAGCCAGUCUGUCACUGCCUACAUGGUGUCGGCUGCGGGCCUUGGUUUGGUGGCCAUUUAUUUUGCUACACAGGUAGUGUUUGACAAGAGCGACUUGGCCAAAUACUCAGUGUAGAGUACUUCUGACCCGCUGAGGACGGGCCUGCCUCCCUGGGUCCUGGCCUCCCCCUCCCCCCCGCAGUGCAUCCCCAGGUAGCCUCCUAGGGUCAGGCCCGCACCCCUGCUCCCCCUCUGCCAGGGUCUGUUGCUGCCAAUGUGGCAUGGCUCUCUGCUGCCACCCCGUGGUGACAAGGUGCCGAGUGGCACAGGUGGGGGCCUGGGGCUUCCCUGUCUUCAGGGCUGGCUGAGUGUUGGUCCGCACAGGCUUCAGUCUGGACUUCUACAGGCAGGCCAGAGGGUGGGGCCUUUCACUGGCUCCUGCACUGGAAUGCAAGACUCUAGGGGGAUUACCCAGGCCCUUAAGGCUCACAGCCAGUGUCAAGACAUACCCAGUGAAGGAAUUUGGAGAGCUGAGUAAACCACCUGGUCUCUCCCCUCCAAACCCCUUAUCCCUUAGAUUCCCUCCAUGUUGCUCUUGCGUGGAAGUUUCUAGUGUGAAAUUCCUCUGCAGGAUGUGAGAAGGAAGUUAUUUGUGGGUAAAAGUCUGGUGGGGAGAAAGGAAGCCACCUGGCUGCUUAGCACUGCCUUUCUACUCUUCCCCCACUGCCACAUUUUAUCAGGACGUGGCUUGUUGGCUCCUGUGUUGCCAUCAUAGGGACACAGGCCUUUAAAUAUUUAACUUAUUUAUUUAACUAAGUAGAGAGGAAUCAAUUCCCAGCUCUGCCAUCUUGGUUUCUGAGAGGUGAUUUCCCCAAUGGGCCUGAGAGAUGGCUGGUUUAUUAGGCUGAGCAUUGCCAGAAUUGUCUUCCCCUGGGUGAUUGGUCUAACCUCAGAAUGCCUAACCCAGGAACUUGGAAGCCCUGUUUAACUCAGUGGAUAUCCCAAAUCUCGUUACUCAAGGCUGGGGGGAGCUGGGGACAUAGGUGGAGGUGGGGCUCCAGGUCUCAGCUGCCUCCCUAGCCUCCUCUCCCCUCUUGGCUCAGCCUGCCUCCCACCCUCUACUCCCCUCUGCUCUCUCUUAGGGCUUGGCUGAUGAAGGAGCCGCCCACCCCUUUCCCCCACUGGCUCCACACCCCUCUUUUGGGCUGUUGCAGGACCAGACACACAGAGCGUGGCUCUGGCUCAAGCUUUUAUUCGUCUCAGCCCCCAGGGCAUAUCUGUGCUUGGGGAAUCUCGCACAGAAACUCAGGAGUACCCCCUGCCUAGGCUAAGGAGGUCUUAUCUCUUGGGGGUUUAAGUGCCGUUUGCAAUAAUGUUAUGUCUUAUUUAUUUAGUGGAGUAAAUAUUUUAUACUGUAUGUGAGCAAUCAGAGUAUAAUGUUUAUGGUGAUGAAAUUAAAGGCUUCUUAUAUGUUUCA